UGGUUUAGGGCCCGGACCAUUGGGGUCCCUUGUCAGGAGGAGGCAGCCUCCGGACCAGGGAGAAGUCGCUGCCACCCCUGGCGGUUGACGCGGUCCCCUGGGACAAUCCACUUCCUGCUCUCAGUUGCGGCCGAGUUCGGUCUCCCUUGUUCAGGGCUACAAAUUGGACUUUUGAUGAUGUUUGGCCCAGAGGAAGCAAUAGCAGGCAACGUGAUUUUAAAGCUGGGCUCAGCCUCCGUUUCUUCUCUUGUGUAGUCACAAACCCAUUUUGGACCAGGAAUUCCAAUCAUGUCUGUGAUGGUGGUGAGAAAGAAGGUGACACGGAAAUGGGAGAAACUCCCUGGCAGGAACACCUUUUGCUGUGAUGGCCGCGUCAUGAUGGCCCGGCAAAAGGGCAUCUUCUACUUGACCCUCUUCCUCAUCCUAGGGACGUGUACACUCUUCUUCGCCUUUGAGUGUCGCUACCUGGCUGUUCAGCUCUCUCCUGCCAUCCCUGUGUUUGCUGCCAUGCUCUUCCUUUUCUCCAUGGCUACUUUGUUGAGGACCAGUUUCAGUGACCCUGGAGUGAUUCCUCGGGCCCUACCAGAUGAAGCAGCUUUCAUAGAAAUGGAGAUAGAAGCUACCAAUGGUGCAGUGCCUCAGGGCCAGCGACCACCCCCUCGUAUCAAGAAUUUCCAGAUAAACAACCAGAUUGUGAAACUGAAAUACUGUUAUACAUGCAAGAUCUUCCGGCCUCCCCGGGCCUCCCAUUGCAGCAUCUGUGACAACUGUGUGGAGCGCUUCGACCAUCACUGCCCCUGGGUGGGAAAUUGUGUUGGAAAGAGGAACUACCGCUACUUCUACCUCUUCAUUCUUUCUCUCUCCCUCCUCACAAUUUAUGUCUUCGCCUUCAACAUCGUCUAUGUGGCUCUCAAAUCCUUGAAAAUUGGCUUCCUGGAGACGUUGAAAGAAACUCCUGGAACUGUUUUAGAAGUCCUCAUUUGCUUCUUCACACUCUGGUCUGUUGUGGGACUGACUGGAUUUCACACUUUCCUCGUGGCUCUCAACCAGACAACCAAUGAAGACAUCAAAGGAUCAUGGACAGGGAAGAAUCGUGUCCAGAAUCCCUAUAGCCAUGGCAAUAUUGUGAAGAACUGCUGUGAAGUGCUGUGUGGUCCCUUGCCCCCCAGUGUGCUGGAUCGAAGGGGUAUUUUGCCACUGGAGGAAAGUGGAAGUCGACCUCCUAGUACUCAAGAGACUAGUAGCAGUCUCUUGCCACAGAGCCCAGUCCCAACAGAGCAUAUGAAUGCCAAUGAGAUGCCGGAGGACACCAGCACUCCGGAAGAGAUGCCACCUCCAGAGCCCCCAGAGCCACCACAAGAGGCAGUUGAAGCUGAGAAGUAGCCUAGCUAUGGAAGAGACUUUUGUUUGUGUUUAAUUAGGGCUAUGAGAGAUUUCAGGGGAGAAGAUAAACCUGAGACAGAGAACAAAUAAGCUGUUCCUUUUUCUGUUUUUCUUUGGUCUUGAGUCACCCAAUUGCACACUGGCAUUUUAUUGCUGCAAGCUUUUUUUAAAUUUCUAGACUCAAGGUAGUGGCAGAAGAUGUCAGUCACCUCUGGAAACUAUACAAAUUGGUCUCUUGGGACUUGGCACUGGUUUCCCAUGGCCUCAGCCACAAGGUCUCCUUGGACUCCCCUCUCUUCCCUCCAGAUCUCAGCUCUCCUGUUUGGGGUCAUUGGUCCCAUUCUGGGGCUAAAGAUUCUUGAGACUGCCUCAAGUCCUUUUAAGCUGCUGCAUGUCCUGAGGCAGUCACAGAGACCUCUGGCUAGGGACUGCUAACUGGGUUCUUAGUUCCUUCAGAAUUGAUGAGGUUUAGAGAGUGAGGUUAGAGGAUUCUACUGGCCACAAAGUGCCAGCAUUGCUAGCCAGUCCUUUUAGGAAUAGGGCAGAUACCUUCCACUUGUACUUAUUUGUGUAGCUUCUCUUUUCUCUCCCAUCUACUCUCCAAUAUCCAACUUCCAGUCUUUUCCCACUAGAUAUAUGUAAGUAGUCAUAGUAGAGAUAACAAUUUACAUUUUUUGUAGAUUCUUCAAAAACUUUUCAAUACUUACGCUAUUCUCAGUAAGAACUGAUGAGAUGCCAACAACAUAGCCCCUCACACUCUCUGUCUCAUCUCUCCUCCUUUCUCAUUAGCCCAUUUUACUUUUUGUCUUUUGACUCUUGCUCCAAUUAGGAGCUGGAAUGGCAGUAAUAAAAGUCUGCACUUUGGUGUUCCUUUUCCUCAGAGGAAGCCCAAGUGCUCACUUAAACACUACCCCCUCAGACUCCGUGUGUGAGGCCUGCAGAGGCCCUGAAUGCACAAAUGGGGAAAUCAAGGCACAGAGAGGCUCUCCUCUCCUCUCCUCUCCCUCUAU